AUGGCUGCGGUGCCUAAGGGGGUAAAAUCCAGAUCCGGCUGUGUAACAUGCAAAAGGCGAAGGGUAAAAUGCGACGAAACCAAACCGCUCUGUAGACAGUGCGUAUCUAAGAAUCUGGAAUGUCCAGGCUAUGACAUCCGAUGGAGAUGGUCAACCAAACAUGAGCGGUCGACAAACUUCGACCUCCAACGAAGUCCUACUUCCCGCAGGAAAAUUGCGGAUUCUCUCCAUUCUCCCCUUAAGCCCCCAGCAGGCAUCAUUUGUCAUUCUCGGCAGCAAGGAAACGAGGGAACGGCGGCGCAUGUCGACCAAUUCAAGUCUGCGAGUCCCACUAUCGACCCCGACCUUGGCAGUCGAUAUGGAAGUGACAGAUUCGGUUGCAAUACAGAUCACGCAUUGUUGAGUGACGUAUGGGAUGUUGUCGAGCGCCCUGCUUCGAGAUCAAGAAGACGUCGGAGCGUCUCGGUGUCGAAAUCCUCAUUACCAGAACAAUUGACUCUCGUCACUCGGAAACACAUCUGGCCACCCCCGGACACCAUCCUCGGCGGCCCGCAAACUCAAGUGGAUUUCUUCGCGCAAAGGAUAUGUAAAGCGCUGACAGUAUUUGACUCGAAAAUCAAUCCGUUCAGGUUGGUGAGCAUAUCGCGGACGAAGGAAUCGCUGUUGUUCUUCUCCCUAGUCCGCUACGUCACUGCGGCCUUCUUGACCUCGAGCGGCAUGGACACGAGCAGUGCCCUUGUUGUGCAGGAUGCGCAGACCGAUAUACUACACCGAUUACACAAUGAGGUGGCGCGGUUACAUACCUCAAUGGGAGCAAACCCCGUGGAUGUCCUGACAGCGAUUAUCAUGUACGGCCUCAGCAUUAACUGGGAUGGAUCUGACAGUCCCAGUAUCUUCCACUACAAUGCAGCUGUUCAGCUAUACCUGCAGACAUACCGGCACGACACACUUGAACCGCGAGUUGAAGAUCAUCAUGCAUUCUUAUUGCACUCACUGGCGUACUGGCGGAUGGGUCUUGCCUUUGUCACGGACACUACAAAAGAGACUUUGCUGGCAUCUCCGGUUCUCGAGCCCGGUAAUGAAGAUGAUACCUACAGCAAAAUUCCAGCCAAGAGAUACCCACAUAUCCUGGCUGGCGUCUCCCCGGAGGCACAGAAGCUUCUUGGGCAGGUCGGAUCACUGAUUUACUCGCAAAGGGUGAGGUCCCGGGAAAUGUCUUUCACUUCCAUGGCCAGAUUACAAAAUGAUCUCGAAGCUGUUCAGAAGGCGCAAGCUCUGGAACAAGAUGCAUUAUCUCUUGCCUUGCCCGAGGUCGGUGAAUUCGCUGACACCGAGGAUCCGGACACCCCCAUACAAGAUCUUAUCAACACCGCAGAAGUCUAUCGACUUUCGGCCCUGGUGCUACUGUACCGAGCCUUCCCUGAUCUGUUGAAUGUCAGACUAGGAGCCAGAGGAGAUGGAUUCGAUGCGUGUCAUUCCACAACCACAACGAAUCGACGGUUGCUCUGGGUAACAUCACUAUCCCUUCACGCACUCGACAUUCUUUCCAGGAACGGACAACGAUCUGGCACCCGCAGUGUCGAGCAGAUACUUCUGGUCAUUCUUGCUGGAGAGCUGCGCAGAGACACGUGCGUCAAUGGCUCUCGCAUCACGGAGGAGCGGCUGAGUCUGGUGGACUCUGGAUCGCCGACAGCGGACGCCGACGAUUCUACGCUAUCCCCAACGACAAGCUCUGCUUUCGACCACUUCGAAGGUGUGCAUGGCUUAACAAAACCCCGUCAUUCUCCUGAAGACGUCACCCCUAGCUCGAGCAUCACUCAGGCUCGGGCUACCGUGCUCAAGCGUCUUCGAGCGAUUCGCGAGAUUUUGCCAUACAAAUCAAUUGAGCUCGUGGAAGAGCUGGUACUCAAAACAUGGCAAAUCAGUGAUGAUGAGAAUCGUGAAGUCUUUUGGAUGGAUGUUAUGAUCGAUAACGGGUGGAAAUUCCUAAUGGUUUGA